UGCUUUUGUGUGACAAUUUUGUAUUAGAGAAUUCCUAAUAGGAAUUUAGGGACACAAUUCACCCAUCUCUUGGGUAACCUGAUCCAAUAGGGAAUUUCCCUUGCAAUCCACACAAUUGAAGUCUUAGAUCUGUCAAAGAAGAUGAGAUAUUCAUCAAAGAAUUUAUAUCAAUGGAUGACACGUUUACACGCAUGAAGAGAAGUCUUUUCAGAAGUGAACAAUUUUGCACGAGUCUUUUAAGCGAAAGAUCUUCAAUCAUCAACCGAUUUUUCAGAUGGGACUGGUGAGAGAUUUCAGAUGGGACUUCACCUAAAAAGGAAGAGUCGGAGAAAUUGAGAUGUGUCAAACUCUAGAACAGACCAAACUUGGGAGAUAUCUUUGAACCAUUAAAAUCAUUAUAAGCCUCACAAAACUCGGGAGAUAUCUUUGAAUCACUAAAAUCAUUCCCUGCAAGAUUGAGUUUUUUGAGGUGUGAAAGUUAGAAGAGGCUAUUGUUGGAAUAUAUAGAGCCAUGAAGCAAACUGCAACUGAGGUCGAGGCCAAUUACCCGACCAGUGACAGUAUCACAAGUAACACCAUCCCAAGAACAACAAUCUCUACCUUCCUUCCGUGACUUGGUCUUUGGAUAAGAAGUUGGACAAUAGUAGGAAGCAUUAAUGUUUAGUGAAAAGUUACUUUUGAAUUCGAUCAAGGCAAGUCUAUCAUAAUGGGAGCAAAGCUGCAGUGACAUGUUGGCUGAAAAGGUGGGAAAUGACGAUGAAGAACAAAACUUUAGGCAAACACAGAAUAAGAGAAAGUAGAGGAAUCGACUGUACUGCCCCAUCAAUAUCAGAAUUUGGUAGAGUAAAUGAAGUUUUAGAGAUGAAUGGUGCAAUUAUUAGAACAAGGGGAGAAGAGUAUUUAUAGGGAAAGUCUUCAAUAUGCAUUACAGCUUGGUUUCAGAACUAAAGCACUAAACAUCAAUAAUUGCAAAAUGUUAUAAUCCACUCCAUUCACGCGUUUUAUGAAUGACUUGUUGAACCCAUUUCGAUCGAGGUAAAGAUGGAGGACAGUUUGAAACCAUUGAAGGAAAAUAGCUUACCGAAGUUCGACAAGGAGAAAGCCCAUUACGAGCACUGUUUGGAGAGGAAGCUUGUUCAAGGAAAAUUUAAGGAACUCGACAUUCACCAUAUAUGUGCCGUGUUCGAUAGGGCUUCAAUUGUUCUGCAUAGGGUUACAUGUAUGCUUCGAAAAGUUAAUCUCCAUAUUGGGCAAGGGAUUGAAUGGGAUCCAGGCAAGAUUACUUUCAAGGGGGUGGAAAGGAUAUGUAUACAGAAAGGGAUAUUUAGACCAUGUCAUCUUAAAGGAGAAACUCAUGGGUUUCAAGACAAGAAGAUUGCUUUAUCUAGGUUGCCUUAUGGAUUGGUUAAAGGUGGUGCGAAUGAGGCUUAUUUGUAUGAGCCAGCUAUGAAGACCUGCUCCCGAAAAGCUUCAGUUGCUAUCGAAAAGAUAACACUAUUAUUUGAUCAUGGAUUCAUGGCGGUGUUAUGGGCAGAAUUAUUAAGUCUAGAAUGUCUGUUAUUAUCAGAGAUGGGAAGUUCUGAAAUUCUUUUAAUGAAGGUUGGCCAACUAUAAGAGCACAUGAAAACAUUGAUCAUAAUGGUCCUACAACCUUACAUGGUGGAACUCAUUGUUUUUGCUACACUAUAGAUCGAGUGCAUUGGGUAUGCCUUUGAGGAUGAGUUGGAAAAGACAUUUGGAUGAUAUAACAAAUAUGUGGCUCUGGUGCAAUCUUACUCUAUGGUUGUUGCCAUGGUGGCUUCAUGGAGCAUUAAAAAGAAUUAUGUUGGAGAAACUUUAGUAAUUUAUAUUUGGUGGGCAGCUCAAGCUCCUGAUGAAUGGCAAGGGGGUAUUGCUCAACAAGGAAGUUAUGUAGUUUUUGUAUUUGAUCCAGGUACUGAUUGUGAAGAUCGGGUGUUUGACAUUACUAAAAGCUUCAUGUACCUCUAUUUGCUGGCUAUGCUUUGGGUUAGCAAGUACAACUCAUGUGAUGGAGGAACUACUACAAUCUGGCAGCGUGAAGCUAAAUCAAUUGCGAUAGAGAAACGAGACGUUUUGCGGCUGCAAUCUUGAGGACAAGAUUGCUUUCAAGGGAGUAGAAUUGGUAGGCAUCAGGUUGUCUAAGCUACCAUGUCACGAGCAGUGGGAGCCACCUUGAGAAAUUAUGUACACGAGUUGGGUUAUUGUUCAUGGGUUUUCUCAUGGUGUGUUGAGAGAAUUAGUUUGGUACUUAUUAGACUAAGUCAGGGUCUGUUAUGUCGUUUGGGCAUAUGUAUUUAGCCCUAGUUUUGAUUUUGUUUGGAUAUCAAUCAACCAACUUUGUAACUCAAUUCUCUAUGAGAGAAUUCUAUCGAUCGAUUCAUCUUGGAUCGUAGGGUAUGUUAUGUCAUUUAGGCAUAUGUAUUUAGCCCUAGUUUUGAUUUUGUUUGGAUAUCAAUCAACCAACUUUGUAAUUCAAUUCUCUUUGAGAGAAUUCUAUCGAUCGAUUCAUCUUGGAUCGUAUCAUAAUUUAAAACA